AUGAAGGAUUUGAAGAGAUCGGUGAACUUCUUCUCCGAUAAGAUUACGGAUUUUGAAGCUAAGCUUUGUCGAUUUGGCGAAGCGAUUGCAGCUGUUUCAAGAUUGGAGGAAGAAAACGUUGCCCUCAAAAAGGAGGUGUCCCUUCUCAAUGAUAGAGUUAAUAACAUGGAGCGUCAUAGUAGGCAAAAUAAUAUUGAGGUGCAAAAUUUUUCAUAUAAAUCUGGAGAGAAUUCAGUGGAUGUGGUGUAUAAAAUUGGCUUCUCAUUGGGAGUUCAGGUCGACCCUCAUUCCGUUGAUUAUGUCACUAGGGUUCCGACAACAAUUAAAGAUAAACAUAAAAAUAUUGUUGUCAGAUUCACUUCAAAAUAUAAACGCGAUGAUUUCCUUGCUGCCUACCGUAAAAAGCGUCUUGCCAUGGGAGUCACUCAUGCUGGCUUGGUCAUGGCUAACGUAGCUGAAAAAGUGUUCCUUGGCGAGCACCUUACAUUGGCGAACAAAAUAAUUUUUAAGCAGGCUCGAACAUUGGCAAGAGAAAAAGGAUACAAAUACGUAUGGACACAGAGCGGAAAUGUUCUUGUUCGGAGGAACGAUGCUUCGAGGAUUAUCCAUGUUUUAUCAGAGGCGGACUUGAGUCGUCUUUGA